AUGUCAGCUUCUGCCUCUGAGCAUCUCCCGUCAAAUGGGAUAGUGAUUCCCUGUCCGUGUCUUCUAAGUCUCCAGAGUCUCCGCAUUCUGCAUAACCUUCUGCUCUUCCUUCGCGCUGCAGCUGCCACCUCCUCCGGGAAGCCUUCCCUGACCUUUUUCUGGAUGUCUGGCAAGGUGACCACUGGCAGCGACAUCGGGCAGGCCCGCCGGGCUGUGGAGCAGCUGCGGAUGGAGGCAGGCAUCGACCGAGUGAAGGUGAGGGCCAGGGCAAGGCGGGUGCAUCUGAGCGAGGGGGCAGGUGGACAGCCCAGCCCUGGUCUGGCUAACCGGGCUGGCCUGCAGGUAUCCAAGGCGGCCACUGACCUGCUGCAGUUCUGCACGGAGCAGGCCAAGAGCGACCCCUUCCUUGUGGGCAUCCCGGCCGCCACCAACCCCUUCAAGGAGAAGAAGCCCUGUGCCAUCCUAUGA